AUGGACUUGGAGCUGCGCGUGUCGCUGGGCAAGUUUGAUCGGGGCGUGACGUACAAUGAGGCAGACUACCUCGCCAUAGAGUCCUCCCCAUGGACCGUCAGCAAGCGGAAUACUGUGACCGGCGACGCCAUGGUCCCUCGGAAGUCGAUGGCGGCGAACCGCAUGAGCAGCUUCACCGAGAGCUCAGGCCGCCGCAAGACCAUCCGGUCCAAGUCGAAGGCGCUGUCGGACUUGCAG